AUGGCCACUCAAACCACCACCAUCUCAGAAACCACUGCUCCAGCACGGACAUCGGCACAGGAUCCCAAUGAGGAACUGAUAGAGAAUGCUCUCAAAGUGCAUACGAAGCCAUUAUGGACACAAAUGGCAAAAUUAAACCCGCCCGCUCCCAAUCCCACAGCCAUCCCAUAUAUAUGGAGAUACGAUGAAGUACGGCCCAGCCUACUUCGGGCAGGAGAAAUCGUUCCAGAAGCACAGGCAGAACGACGAGUCUUGAUGCUGGUCAAUCCUGCUAGAGAUGCUCCAUAUACGACUGAUACUCUGUACGCCGGCCUUCAGCUCGUGAUGCCAAACGAGACAGCAAAGGCCCACCGACAUACAGCCUUUGCAAUGCGCUUUAUCAUCGAGGGGCAAGGUGGCUUUACCGCCGUCCACGGCAAACGAAUCACCAUGCAGAGAGGAGAUGUCAUCCUUACACCUACGUGGAACUGGCACGACCAUGGGAAGGAUGGCUCAGGACCCAUGAUCUGGCUUGAUGGCCUUGAUCUUCCCAACUUCAGGCACUUCCCCGUGCACUUUGUCGAACACUAUCAGAACCCCCGGUACCCAGCCCAGGACGUUGAUUCGACUGAUUCGCCAAUCGUAUUCCCCUGGAACGUCAUGCAGAAGCGCCUCGAUGACAAGUCAGGCAACUGGACGUCUGAGGAUUACCUUAAGAAGGAUGGACGACCAGUAUCCAAAAUCCUCGGCGGUUCAGCCGAACGACUGAACGCGGGAACACAAUCUCCCGCAGUGCGCGAGACGGCUUCAUCUGUCUACCACAUCGUUACCGGUAGAGGCUACAGCGAGGUAGAUGGACAAAGGAUUCAGUGGAAGCAAGGCGACACGUUCUGCGUCCCCGCGUGGAAUAAGUAUCAGCACACAGCCGAAGGCGACGAGACGGUGUAUCUGUACCGGUUCCAUGACAAACCGAUGUUGACUUCUCUUGGAUUUUACAGGGUGGAGGGCGUCGAUGUCGAGAGCUUCGUGUCGGAUUAG